AUGAGCUCAGCGCCUCCGUCGUCGUUCAACUACCCCUCUCCCCACGCCAAACGCCAAUCGAGGCAGCAACCACCCCGACCGCUCCAUUUGCUCGACAUCGCGAAUCUGGACGGGACACCCGGUGCUUCGUCGUCUUCUGCCUCGUCGUCGAGCAAGAGAACGUCGUUUGCGAGUCCUGUAGCGUCGCCGUCACCCAAGUCUGCGCCGAUAGACCCGUCCACGGGGACCCCACAGCGAUCGAGAAGACAAAACUCGAUACCGUACUUUUCGCCGCACAGCGAGAACCAUCGUGAACGCGAAUGGAAGAGGAGGUCUGCGCAGUCGUCGCGUUCGGGGAGUCAGACUCGUGGACAGCUUGAUUCUCCGUUUGUGGAGAAGGCGAUUGGGCUGGGGCUUCAAGUGGAGGGAGAGAAACCGAGACCCAAGUUGACUUUGGCAGAACAACAUGCAGAUUUACUGUCCUUUAUUGCUCAGAAAGAGGCUUAUUGUCUCGAGCUACGGACGCAACUUGCUGCACACGAGGAGGAACUGGCUGAACUGAAGAGGAAAUGGGAACGGAUAGUGAACCGUGGUGUUGAACGCGAAAACAGUAUAUCGAAUGCCAACACGGCUGCACUCAGGUCAUUAACGAGUCCAGCAACGCUUUCGUUCGAGGGACUAAAGGGCGGAGUGCAGGAGGUCAGCAGGCUGCUGAGCGUCGCAACAGGGACAGGGUCCCGCCCUCCCUCUGCUACACCCUCUCCUCUACUCUCCAGUAAAUCCCUCCCUCGACAUUCAGCCCGCGACUCCAACUCCUCCGCCUCGACGUCCAGAACAACAACAACAUCCAGCAGCACAGGCGCACACCACCGCCUCUCACAAUGCUCCUCAGCAACCUCGCUAGACGAGGACGUCGACACCGUCAAGCAGCAUGUCGAGCCACCGCCGAAUGGUAACAGCAGCAUUCACAGUUCGCCGCAGGAGCUCAUCAUCACGGAUACAGGAGCCACGCCGACGGUCAGCCCCAACCCCGCCUUCCUCGAGCAAAAGGAGCGGCGGAAGCGGAGGAAGGAUUUGUUGGAUGUUUCGGUUUCGUCCUCGGGCGGUGCGAGUGUGAGUGAUGGGCCGGAUGAUGCGUGGGAUGUGUGGGGUGCGAAUGAGGUUGGGAUGAGUGGGUCGGUGAAGUUGCAGGACCCGCCUAAAGGCAAGGCGGCGGCGGUUCCACCGUCUUCGUCGAUCCCUGGUUCGUCGAUUGUGGGGUUGGGAUCGCUGGCGUCCCCACAGGCGCAGGUCUCGGCGUGGAUGGACUCGGUGGGCAAGAAGUUGGGUGAGCUGCAGAAGAGCCCGACUGUCACUGCGUUGAGCAAAAGCCAGAAACGAGCCUCGCUGAUUCUGUCGGACGUGUCGCAAUCGAUCGCAUCCGCGCUCACAGAGCCACCACCUUCACGGCCUCUCACCCGCGCUUCCACCCAAUCCCUGUCUCUGUCCCGGUCUGGCUCGCUUAAGCGCUCUUCCACCACCAGCAAAGUGUCCCUCAUCGACGCCGACGACGAUGACGACAAGUACGCGAAAAUGGGUUACCCCGCGGCACCCAAGCCAGUUUCACCGCAGACACCCAGCAUGGCGGUGAUGACACCCGACGUCAAAGUUACUGCGCCGUCGUCGUCUGCUGUUAUGAAGACCACUAGCAAACUGGAGAAGAGAAAAUCGCGGACGAUCAAGCCGGAUGAUGAUUGGAAUUGGUAG